CAGGACAACAUCACCGUCGCAGAGGGUUACGACAAGUUCGCUGCCCAGUGGUACGGUCUUCCGGCGCUGUUCAACCCCAUCAGGAUCCAGUCACACACCGUCACGUCGGCGGGCAACCCCAUCGAGCUGGAGCUGAAGAACAGCUACACGGUCAAGGGCAUUAAGACCGAGCAGAUAAUGGAUAGUGUCGUGCAGAUUCAGGUCGGCGACGAUGGCAAGAUCGUCAAGGUCAACGACAAGUGGAACAAUGAUCUUCCCGAGGGAGCAUUCUCCCAGGCUUUGCGCAAGCUCAACGCUGUGACUGUACCGGCGUUUGUCAAAGUUCCCAAAACCGAGGAAGAGGACCAGAAACUGAAGGCUGAGCGAGAGAAGCAGUGA